UCUCUCUCUCUCUCUCUCUCUAACAUAGUGGCCUCCAUUAAUGGCGACCAACAUAUUCACUCAAAGCCCUAACUACUCUCCAUUUCUCAUUGGAGAAAAAAUUCCUCAACAGAAACACAAUCUUGGCCACAUCUCUCUCUCAGACAAAACCUCUAAUAAAAAGCUUGUAAUCUCUUCUUCUAUAAUGGCCCCUCCGAUUCCAUCUUCUUCUCCACUCUCUCCUCCUUCUUCUUCUUCUAUGGUGGCUCAUCUUCCUCGAGCACCACCAGCAUCAUCUCUGCCGUUGUCUCGAGUAUGGAGAGAGAUACAAGGAAGCAAUAACUGGGAAAAUCUAAUUGACCCUCUAAGCCCUAUUCUCCAACAAGAGAUCACUCGCUACGGGAACUUACUCUCCGCUUCUUACAAAGGUUUUGAUCUAAACCCUAGCUCCAAACGUUACUUGAACUGCAAGUAUGGCAAGAAAAGCCUGCUUAAAGAAUCCGGAAUCUAUGACCCUGAUGGCUACCAAGUCACCAAGUACAUCUACGCCACGCCAGACAUCAACAUCAACCCUAUCCAGAACGAGCCUAAUCGCGCACGUUGGAUAGGGUACGUAGCGGUUUCCUCUGAUGACUCGGUGAAACGUUUGGGGAGGAGGGAUAUUGUGGUGACGUUUCGUGGGACUGUGACCAACCCUGAGUGGAUGGCUAACCUAAUGAGCUCCUUAACUCCAGCUAGGCUUGACCCUCAUAACCCUCGUCCUGAUGUCAAGGUUGAAUCUGGCUUCUUGAGUUUAUACACAUCCAGCGAGAGUGAAAGCAAGUUCGGGCUAGAAAGCUGUCGUGAGCAGCUUCUCUCCGAGAUAUCGAGGCUUGUCAACAAGUACAAAGACGAGGACAUGAGCAUAACGCUUGCGGGGCAUAGUAUGGGGAGCUCUCUAGCUCUCCUUCUAGCUUACGACAUAGCAGAACUCGGCUUGAACAAGAGAAGAGGCGAAAAAGAUGUUCCGGUAACUGUAUUCUCAUUCGCGGGUCCAAGGGUUGGUAACUUGGGGUUUAAGAAAAGAUGUGAGGAGUUAGGAGUUAAAGUCUUGAGGAUCACUAAUGUAAAUGAUCCGAUCACGAAACUCCCUGGUUUCUUGUUCAACGAGAAUUUUAGGGCGUUAGGUGGAGUUUACGAGCUUCCUUGGAGCUGUUCUUGCUACACUCACGUGGGAGUUGAACUCACGCUCGAUUUCUUCGACGUUCAAAACAUUUCUUGUGUCCACGACCUCGACACUUACAUCAGUUUAGUGAACCGUCCGAGAAGCUCAAAGUCUACGGUUGCAGAAGACAAUUUUGGUAGCAACUUUUUCAACAAAACAAGUCAGAUGAUGUUCCCUAAAGGACAACGUCGAGCGUUGCGGUUAAGAAACGCAGCGACCAAAGCGGCGUAUCUAAUUGGGUCUGUAUCCAAUCAUAUGAUGUAUUGUAAUAUAUUUUAG